GCCAGCCGAUUGGCCAGCUGGCCGGAGGAGGAUGGUGCAUCCGGAAUAAGCGCCCCUCCACUUUAUUGCCGCUGCCCAGUUACAAGUUCUCUGGGAGUUUGUGCCUGACGGCGGUACCGCAGCCCUGGACCGACCGACGAGAUGCCGAACGGAAGCCGCUGCCCGGAUUGCGGCUCCUCCGAGCUCGUGGAAGAUUCGCAUUAUUCUCAGAGCCAGCUGGUGUGCUCCGACUGCGGCUGCGUGGUCACCGAAGGGGUCCUAACUACCACCUUUAGCGACGAGGGCAACUUCAGGGGUACUGGUCUUGAACCCGGGGAUCGCCAGCCUUGGGCGGUGGAGUCCUUAAACCCAGCUCCCUCUUUCCAGCCUCCUCCCUUUCUUGGCCAUGCGCACAGUUAAAUGUGAGAGAAUUGGGCUUAAGUAAACAGAUGAGCUGGAGGAGGGUGCGAUCCAUCUGAUUUCCCAGUACCUACAACGGUGUCUGGCAUUGGAAGUGACAUAUUCUCGAAGCACUGGGGAAAACGAACAAGUUAGUCGCUGCCAGCAACGAGAUCUCCGUCGAGUAAGAGACCUGUGUCGGAUUCUGAAGCUGCCGCUAACGUUUGAGGAUACAGCAAUCUCCUACUACCAGAAGGCAUAUCAGCUGUCUGGGAUCCGAGCUGCCAGGCUGCAGAAGAAGGAAGUGUUAGUCGGAUGCUGUGUUUUAAUCACCUGUCGGCAACAUAACUGGCCCCUCACCAUGGGAACCAUCUGCACACUGCUCUAUGCCGAUCUGGACUUGUUUUCUGGCACCUACAUGCAGAUGGUAAAGCUCCUGGGGCUGGAUGUGCCCUCCCUGUGCCUGGCAGACUUGGUGAAGUCUUACUGCAGCAGCUUCAAACUGUUCCAAGCGUCCCCGUCCGUGCCAGCCAAAUACGUGGAAGACAAAGACAAGAUGCUGUCUCGAACCUUGCUGUUGGUGGAGCUAGCAGAUGAGACGUGGCUAGUGACUGGACGGCAUCCCUUGCCCAUCAUCACUGCAGCCACCUUCCUGGCAUGGCAGUCUCUGCGGCCUUCAGACCGGCUGACCUGCUCUCUUGCCCAGUUUUGUAAAUUGGCGAAUGUGGACCUGCCCUACCCAGCUGCCUCUCGCCUGCAGGAGCUCCUGGCCGUGCUCCUUCAGAUGGCCGGCCAGCUGGCCUGGCUACAGGUUCUAAAACUUAACAAGCGGUCGGUGGUGAAACACAUUGGUGACCUUCUCCAGCACCGCCACAUGCUGGUCCGAACGGCUUUUCGAGAUGGAACAGCAGAAGUGGAGACCCAGCAGCAGCAGCAGCAGCAGCAGGGACAAGGACAAGGACAGCAGGACGAGGUGGGGGAUGGUCCCUUCGAUUUGCCCAAGAGGAAACGUCCCGCCAGUCCCACUCCCCUCCUGCCCCCCUGCAUGUUGAAGCCCCCCAAGCGGACCCACACCUUGCCCCCCGAAUCUGCAGUGACUGGCGAUGAGGAUAUUUCAGAUAGUGAAAUAGAGCAGUAUUUGCGCACCCCUCAGGAAGUUAGAGACUUUGAGAGAGCCCAAGCUGCUAGCCAGGCAGCCAUGCGUGUCCCUAACCCUCCCUGAUGCACGUUCUUUAAGGUGUCUUCAGUUCUGACUGCAAUUUAUUAACAGGCCUGUUGUGUUGCAAGAAAUGACUCUUGGCUUUUCUUUUUUAAAGAAACCAAGAGUAGCCUUGCAGUUAAUUGGACCAAGGUCCUAGAGAAGAUGGGAGGCAGAUGCGAUGACUAUGGUGGUGGGGUAGGGAAGUCCUGACCCGUGGUGCAGGUCACUGAGCCAGCUGUCUAUACAGUCCAGGAUGAAUCCUUCCUAAGACUGUUAAGGAGUCUGUCUGUCCAGCUCUCUUCUACCCUAGUGUGCAGUAAACGCAUUGCUGGGGUGAACGAGCUGCAUCCUAGUGCUAUCAACCAUUCCAUGAGCAGGAGCAGCAGUUCCUGGCUGGUGUCUGGUCUAGGCUCUAGUGGUUUGCAGUAUUCAUAAGACCCUUACAUCAUUAACAAAAGGACCAUGGGUGGGCGACAGCUGUCGCUCAAAGAGUUUUGCAAGAUUUUAAUAUAUUAAAACAAAGAGGCAUCUGCUGGAAAACAUUCUAUUGUAUAAAACCAGAGCUUUUAAAAUGUG